UGAAAUGGCUGACGGGUGGCUGGCGGCUGGCGGGCUGGGGUCGGAGGCGAUGGGGCCGGAGGCCGAGUGCACUGGCUGGGCGGCCGAGGAGGAGCCGGCGCCGCUGGAGAAAGGUUUGUUCCAAGACGACGAUUCUUACAGCGACUGUAGUGAUCAGAAAAAGCCAGGAAGCAGUUUACCCAGCGUUGUGCUAGCAGGCAAAGUGAAUUUCCCAGAAAUGUUCCAGACAAGUCACCUUUUGUUCUAUGAGCGAUUCAGAGCCUAUCAAGAUUACAUUUUGGCUGACUGCAAGGCCUCCGAGGUAAGAGAAUUCACCGCCGAGUUCUUGGAGAAGGUCCUGGAACCAUCUGGUUGGUGGGCAGUCUGGCACACGAAAGUGUUCAAGGUGCUGGUGGAGGUCACAGAUGUGGACUUUGCAGCCCUGAAGGCCGUGGUGAGGCUUGCCGACCCGUGCCUCUUUGAAUGUCAAGUGUUCACCUUGGAGUGUGUGGUGGAGCUGCUCGAGAUGAAGGAGCACCGGCUGCCCCUGCACGAGCUGUGGGUGGUGUUCGAUGACUCUGGAGCGUUUGACCAGACCGCACUUGCAAUCGAGCAUGUCAGAUUUUUCUACCAAAACAUUUGGAGGAGUUGGGAUGAAGAAGAAGAGGAUGAGUAUGAUUAUUUUGUCAGAUGUGUUGAACCUCGAUUGAGAUUGCACUAUGACAUUCUCGAGGACCGGGUCCCCUCAGGACUAGUCGCCGACUACCGCAGCCUGCUGUCUCAGUGUGAAGAGAGUUACAGGAAGUUUCUAAACCUGAGAAGCAGUUUGUCGACUUGUACCUCGGAUACGGAGCAGGAAAACAUCUCCAUGGUGGAAGGGUUGAAAUUGUAUUCAGAGAUCGAGCAGCUGAAACAAAAGCUGAAACUCAUUGAGAAUCCUCUGUUGAGAUACGUGUUUGGUUAUCAGAAGAAUUCUAAUAUCCGAGCAAAGGGUGUCCGUCCGAAUGGUCACAAGGUCACCCAUGUGGUCUCCUCUGCCAUGAUGACUGGUCUCCUGCAGUCCCUGCUGAGGGACCGGCUUUGUCAGGAGCCUUGUCAGGAAGAAGUAGAAAUUCAGUUCCACAGUGACCCGCUGUCGGCCGUAAAUGCCUGCUAUGAAGGCGACACUGUGAUUGUUUGUCCCGGCCAUUACGUGGUGCAUGGCAUGUUCUCCAUUGCUGACUCCAUUGAGUUGGAAGGAUACGGCCUGCCGGAUGAUGUCGUGAUAGAAAAGAGGGGCAAAGGGGACACCUUCAUGGACUGCACGGGUGCGGACAUUAAAAUCUCCAGCAUAAAGUUUGUUCAGCAUGAUGCUGUAGAAGGAAUCUUAAUCAUUCACCGUGGCAAGACCACGCUGGAGAACUGUGUGCUCCAGAGCGAGACCACCGGCGUCACGGUGCGGACAGCAGCAGAGUUUGUAAUGAAGACCUCGGAUCUGUAUGGUGCCAAGGGUGCUGGUAUAGAAAUAUAUCCUGGGAGUAAAUGCACCCUGAGUGACAACGGGAUCCACCACUGCAAGGAGGGGAUACUCAUUAAGGACUUCUUAGAUGAGCAUUAUGACAUUCCCCAAAUAUCUAUGGUGAAUAACAUCAUACACAAUAAUGAAGGUUAUGGAGUCGUCUUGGUGAAACCUACAAUUUUCUCUGAUCUGCAAGAAAAUGCCCCAGAUGGAACUGAAGAAAAUAAAGCACUUAAAAUUCAGACAAGUGGAGAGGCGGAAGCUGCUGAAAGAGUGGAUUUAGACGAGCUGAUCCAGUGUGCAACUGGUAAAGUGGGGCUGUGUGUGAGGUCUGACCUUUGCGAGCAGGUUGAAGGCAAUUGUGAGAUUGUACAUGAACUGCUGGCUGCGUCCACACAGAAAGGCCAGCUCAGGAAGAAGAGGCUGAGUGAGCUGGGGAUCACGCAAGCCAAUGACGACUUAAUGUCACAGGAGAUGUUUGUUUCAAUUGUGGGGAACCAGUUCAAGUGGAACGGGAAAGGGAGUUUCGGCACAUUCCUUUUCUGACCACUGUGAUGUCAGCAGAUGGCAAAAUGCUAGGUUUUGCACAUGCCCUGUCGAUCGCUGCUGCUUUCAUAGUCGCUCCCUGUCGGCAUUUGAUCUUGGAUAGACUGCAUUAGAUUUGUAUGAAUGCACUUUCGUUUCUGUCUCCGGGUGCACAGGACACGCCCUCAUUAUCAAACGGUGAUAAAAACACAUGAAGUAGAAAAUGCUUGGAGAUUUCUUAAUCUCGAACAUCUUGCUUUUUUAAAUACAUAGCUCUCUCAUAUGAAGCCUCUUAGUAACUUUGUAGUGUAAACACACUUGAGCAUUUCAGAGAGAAGGCAGAAAGUCGGGGAAUGUAAGACAAGCGCACACAAAUGCAGUCGGUGUCAAAUGUGCAGUGUUCUCAUGGUUGUCUUUUAACCCCGAUACAGCCAAUCUGGCAUCCGUGUUGUAUUUGUAUUUGCAUAAUCCUUGUCUUAAAAUAAAAGCUUUUAUGGUUGGGACAUUACCUGCCUAAUCCGACUUAUUAUCGAGAACCUGAGUGGGAUGCCUUUUAUGUUGAGCUGUGUAAUCAGCAAAACAGUCCGAUGGCACAGCAGGUUUGAAACACAAAUGAGCCGGUGUGUAUGUAUGUAGGCUGUUUUCAGUGUUGCUGAAUGUGAGUGAUUAAAAGAAGGUGCUUUUUACCAUAACAGUGUUCUGAUCAAAUUUCUUACAGGCUAAAUGAUAACCUAUACAAACCGUAUCAGCUCUGUACUCUUGAUGUCAUAUGUAAAACACAGCUUUUAAAGAUAUUUAUAUUAAAAAAGUAUAUGUGACAUUAA